AUGGCAGAGGUUGUAGUCUUCAGCUUGAUCGAGAAGAUGACCGAUGCUGUGGCCACUGCAGCAGUCCGACCUCCCGGCAGCCUCGCCAGGCCUCAGCAGAACGUUCACGAAGGGAUGAUCCGGAUCAAGAGCGAGCUCGAGGUGAUGCAGGAGUUCCUCAAGUCCAUGAACACGUACAGAGGCGAACAAGAGCUGGUCUUUAUCUCCUGGGCCAAGCAGGUUCAAGAUGUGGCCUACGACAUCGAGGACAUCGUCGACGAGUACACCUACGUCGUCGCCGGUAGCAGCUGGGGCAGCUUGGGAGCCUUCGUCCGUGGCCUCUCCAACGACGCCAAGGCCACUGCUUUGCGCGAAAUCGCCAGGAGACUGGAGGCCAAGGAAGUUAGCCUUGCUCAGCUAUCAGGAAUCGGAGAGUUGCCUGUCAUCAGAAUCCCACAGAGGUUGGCGGAGCUGCCCGACGACCCCCAGCCGGGCUACCAUUUAGCGGAAUCAGCACACUUCGUCGAGGAAGACGAACUUGUGGGGAUCGACGACCACAAAGAUAGGCUUAUCGGGUUGCUGACGGACGAGGAGCCCCGGCGCACCGCAGUCGCCGUCUUCGGCAUGGGCGGCGUCGGGAAGACCACCCUCGUGACCAGAGUUUACAGAGACAGAGCAAUCCUCAGCCACUUCAGCUGCCGCGCGUGGGUCUUUGUGUCCCAAAACUACAACAUCGAUGACCUGCUGCGGAAGAUCCUGAGGGCGCUGCUGCAGGAGAGGAUGGAAGAGGCCGCCGACGACUUCGAUUCGAUGGAGUACAGGAGGCUGGUGGAAGCACUCCGCGCGCAUCUGGACCGCCAGAGGUACCUGAUUGUGCUGGACGAUGUGUGGCAAGUCAGCAUCUGGACGGACAUCAGCUACGCGCUGCUCGCCAACAGCUGCCGGAGCAGAGUCGUCAUCACCACGAGGAUGCAGGAAGUGGCUUCGGUGGCGGGUGGCAGCCGGGUCAUGACAGUGGACCCUCUGCCGGAGGAGAUGGCGUGGUCUCUCUUCUGCAAGAAGGCGUUUCCGAGGGGGGAAGGAAGCGUGUGCCCCCCGGCGCUGGAGCACUGGGCCAGAAGAAUCGUGGACAAGUGCGAAGGCCUCCCCCUCGCCAUCGUCGCCAUCGGCAUCCUGUUGUCCCACAGGGACAGGGCGGAGUCGACAUGGAAGAGCAUGCACGACGGCCUGACAUGGUCUACCACCGAACACACAGGGCUCCAUAGAGUCUCCAGAAUCCUGAGCCUAAGCAUCAGGCAUCUACCGUACCACCUCAGGAACUGCCUCUUACACUGCAGCCUCUUCCCGGAGGGUUACCUCAUCGGAAGAAAUCGGUUGAUCAGGCUCUGGGUGGCGGAAGGGUUCGUGAAGGAGCGGCGUCAGAGGUCGAUGGAGGAGGUGGCCGAGGACUACCUCAACCAACUGGUCGGCCGCUGCCUGCUCCAAGUCACCCACACAAACGAGUCCGGAAGGGUGCGCUUCUGCCGAGUUCAUGACCUCGUCAGGGAGCUCAUCGUGGCCAGAUCCAGAGAGGAGCACUUCGCCGAGGCGUACGACGGCAAGCCGGAAGAUUUAAGCGAUCGGAUCCGGCGGCUCUCCCUCGUGCAGGGUGAAGAUGAGAGGCUGAGCGAGAAGAUGCCGCUGCUUCGGUCCUUCCUUGCGUUCUCACCGGCUUCCACCUCGCUGCUCUCCAAGUGUCGGCUGAUAAGAGUCUUGGAUCUCCGCGCCGCUCCAUUGAAGAGCUUGCCGGACGAGAUAGGCCACCUCUUCAACUUGCGAUACCUGAGCAUACGGCGCACCAAUGUCAGGCACCUGCCCAAAACACUGGGAAGCCUUCGGAAGCUUGAAACCUUGGAUGCGGUCUACACCCACGUCGAGGAGCUCCCCAGCGGAGUCACAAGGCUGGAGAGCCUGCGGCAUCUGAUGGUGAAGAAGUUCCACCGUCAGACUUCAAGAUACACCAUUCUCGGCGGCGGAGUCGUCGUUCCGGGCGGGAUUGGCAAGCUGAAGAAGCUGCAGACUCUGAGGGCCGUGGUGGUGGAGGACGAGACGACGGUCCGGCAUCUGCGGAGUCUGACGCAGAUGAAGAGCUUGGACAUCAGAGGCGUGAGAACCAUCCACAGCAAGUUGCUCUCGGCGUCCAUAUCCAAUAUGGAUCGCCUUGUUCGCCUGGUGGUGAUGGCGAGGCACAAAGACGACACCUUGCUGCUAAACAACCUCACUCCUCCGCCGCAGCUGCGGAAGCUGAGCUUGUACGGGAUGCUGGAGAAGGGGAUGACGUCUCGGUGGCCUGACUCUCUCAGAGCUCUCACUCAUUUGGUCCUAAAGAUGUCGAGACUCAAGGAGGACUCGCUGUCUUCGCUCAUGGAGUUGCCCAACCUGGUGUCCCUCUUUCUCAUGCAAGCAUACGACGGGACCGAGCUGUGCUUCCGUGCCGGUUGGCUCCGGAGGCUCAAGUCUUUGGGGCUGUGUGAUAUGAUCCACCUCAGCCACAUGGAAAUAGAAGAGAACGCCCUCGAGAGCCUGCGUGAGCUGAGACUGGUAAGGUGUGGCAAGUUGAAGACGAUUCCAGUUGGUAUAGAGUACCUCGGUGGCUUGCAGAAGCUGGAACUCGAGGGCAUGCCGAUUGAGCUGGUGGAGAAGCUGCAAGGAGGGGGACAGACCGAGGACGACCGUGUGCGGCUUCAACAUAUCCCCAUCAUCAUGAACUGGUUCCAGAGAGAUGGAUGUUGGAUGGAGGAAAGGCUCUCUUAACAUCUUUUUCACCAUUGUUUAGAUCAUAGCCUGUGAUCGUUUAGAUCUCAGUUGCUGGUGUCUAGAACCAUUACCUGAACUUGAGUGCAAUUGGAAACACAAGUUAUGCAUCUGGAACAAUGUAAUUGCGAUUUACAUAGCAAGGAUCAUCAUCAUUGAAAUUUA